AUGGACCCCUCCACGACAACUAAUGCUGCAACUAGCAGCAGGACUACAUUAACUAAUAACAGCAACCAAAUCAAUACAGAACCUGAAACAACUGCUCAACAAGCACACAACAAUACUACCUCUUCCACAAGUACAACACAAAAACUACAGUAA